GACGCCAAGAUGUAUCUGUACAACUUCAUCUUACAACGCGCCACCGGCAUCACGCACGCGGUGCACGGAAGCUUUGCCGGCACCAAGUUGCAGGAAAUUUUGCUUGCCAAGGGCAAAGGGUUGGAGCUGGUACGGCCGGACCCGAACACGGGCAAGGUGCACACGUUGCUGCAGACGGAAGUGUUCGGCGUCGUGCGCUCGUUGAUGUCCUUCCGACUUACGGGCGGGUCGAAAGAUUAUGCCGUGAUCGGUUCGGACUCGGGACGCAUUGUGAUCCUCGAGUACAAUCCGGUCAAGAAUCAGCUCGAAAAGGUACACCAGGAAACGUUCGGCAAGUCAGGAUGUCGGCGUAUCGUUCCCGGCCAAUAUUUGGCCAUCGAUCCGAAGGGCCGCGCCGUCAUGAUCGGUGCAGUCGAGAAGCAGAAGCUUGUCUACAUCCUGAACCGCGAUUCCGAGGCUCGGCUUACCAUUUCAUCACCGCUGGAAGCGCACAAAUCCAACACACUCACCUACCAUAUGGUUGGCGUAGACGUUGGCUUUGAGAAUCCCAUGUUUGCAUGUCUGGAAAUCGAUUACGAAGAGGCCGACACAGAUCCGACCGGUGAAGCGGCCACCAAGACGCAACAAACGCUCACAUUCUACGAGCUCGAUCUGGGACUGAAUCACGUGGUGCGUAAAUAUUCGGAACCACUGGAAGAACACGCCAACUUUCUCAUAUCCGUACCGGGUGGUAACGAUGGUCCGUCCGGUGUGCUGAUCUGCUCGGAGAACUAUUUGACGUACAAAAAUUUGGGCGAUCAGCAUGACAUCCGCUGUCCGAUUCCACGCCGCCGUAACGAUCUGGACGAUCCGGAACGUGGCAUGAUAUUCAUCUGCUCGGCCACACAUCGCACCAAAUCUAUGUACUUCUUCCUGGUGCAAACAGAACAGGGCGAUAUCUUCAAGGUAACGCUCGAAACUGACGAUGAUGUGGUGUCGGAAAUAAAGCUAAAGUACUUCGACACGGUACCACCGGCAACGGCCAUGUGCGUGCUGAAGACGGGCUUCCUGUUUGUGGCGUGCGAGUUCGGCAAUCACUAUCUGUACCAGAUCGCUCAUCUGGGUGAUGAUGACGAUGAGCCGGAGUUUAGUUCGGCGAUGCCACUCGAGGAGGGCGAUACGUUCUUCUUCGCACCGAGACAGCUGAAGAAUUUGGUGAUGGUAGACGAUAUCCCGUCGUACGCACCGAUUCUUGGCUGUCAGGUGGCGGAUUUGGCGAACGAAGACACACCGCAGCUGUACUUGGCGUGCGGUCGGGGACCACGUUCCUCGAUCCGGGUGCUGCGACAUGGGCUGGAGGUAUCGGAAAUGGCCGUCUCGGAGCUGCCUGGUAAUCCGAAUGCUGUGUGGACCGUGAAGAAAAGAAUUGAUGACGAAUUCGAUGCGUACAUCAUCGUAUCGUUCGUGAACGCUACGCUGGUGCUGAGCAUUGGCGAUACGGUCGAGGAAGUGACGGACAGCGGUUUCCUCGGCACGACACCGACGCUUUGCUGCAGUGCGCUCGGUGAUGAUGCGCUGGUUCAGGUCUAUCCGGACGGCAUUCGGCACAUCCGGGCGGAUAAGCGUGUGAACGAAUGGAAAGCGCCGGGCAAGAAAACGAUCAUGAAGUGUGCGGUUAAUCAGCGGCAGGUCGUCAUUGCGCUUUCCGGUGGUGAGCUGGUAUACUUCGAGAUGGAUCCGACCGGUCAACUGAACGAGUACACUGAGCGAAAAAAAAUGCCCAGCGAAGUCAUGUGCAUGGCGCUCGGAUCGGUUCCCAGCGGUGAGCAACGGUCGUGGUUUUUAGCCGUCGGUUUGGCCGACAACACCGUACGCAUCAUAUCGUUGGAUCCGGCCGACUGCCUUUCGCCACGCUCCAUGCAAGCCCUACCCUCGGCGGCCGAAUCGCUCUGUAUCGUUGAAAUGGGCACGGUGGAAACGUCCGACGAUGACGAAGGCAUUACCACCACUACCGGCUGUAUUUAUCUAAACAUUGGUCUCACGAACGGUGUACUGCUACGCACGGUGCUCGAUCCAGUGUCGGGUGAUCUUGCCGACACACGCACACGCUAUCUUGGCUCGCGACCGGUUAAGCUCUUCCGCAUCCAGAUGCAAGGCUCGGAAGCGGUUCUCGCCAUGUCGAGCCGUUCCUGGCUGAGCUACUACUACCAGAACCGUUUCCAUCUGACACCACUCUCGUACGAAACGCUCGAGUAUGCGUCCGGCUUUUCCAGCGAACAGUGUUCGGAAGGUAUUGUGGCCAUCUCAACCAACACGCUGCGUAUUCUGGCACUCGAAAAGCUUGGAGCCGUGUUUAAUCAAAUCACCUUCCCGUUGGAAUACACUCCCAAACGGUUUGCCAUCCAUCACGAAACGGGCAAGCUGAUCAUCAGCGAAACCGAUCACAACGCGUACACGGAGGAAACGAAAACCAUACGCAAAAAGCAAAUGGCGGACGAGAUGCGGGAAGCAGCUGGGGAGGAUGAGCAGGAGCUUGCGAACGAAAUGGCGGACGCGUUCAUCAACGAAGUGCUGCCGGAGGAUGUGUUCUCGUCGCCGAAAGCCGGCACAGGCAUGUGGGCAUCACAGAUACGCGUGAUGGAUCCGAUCAACGGACACACAUACUCGAAGGUGCAGCUGGCACAGAACGAAGCCGUCCUUUCGCUGGCCCUCGUACGCUUUGCCGUCGAUCAGAAGUGGUACGUGGUGGCUGGUGUGGCGAAAGAUUUGCAAAUUAACCCGAAAAUCAGCAACGGUGGCUUCAUCGACGUGUACAAGGUGGACAGCCAGACGCACCAGCUCGAGCACAUGCAUCGCACGGAGAUUGAUGAUGCGCCCGGUGCACUCGCUCCGUUCCAGGGUCGGCUGCUUGCCGGCAUUGGCAAAGUGCUCCGUAUCUACGAUCUGGGCAAGAAGAAGCUGCUGCGCAAAUGCGAAAACAAACACAUUCCCAACCAGAUCGUCAACAUCCAAGGUAUGGGCCAGCGGGUGUACGUGUCGGAUGUGCAGGAAUCGGUGUACUGCAUCAAGUACAAGCGGGCGGAAAAUCAGCUCAUUAUCUUUGCCGAUGACACACAUCCCCGGUGGAUCACAUCGGCCACACUGCUCGAUUACGAUACGAUCGCGACGGGCGAUAAGUUUGGCAAUAUUGCCAUUCUCCGUCUGCCCCACUCCGUCUCGGAUGAUGUGGACGAAGAUCCAACAGGCAAUAAGGCACUGUGGGAUCGUGGUCUGUUGAACGGUGCUUCACAGAAGGCGGAAAACAUUUGCACGUUCCAUCUCGGGGAGAUCGUAAUGUCCCUACAGAAGGCAACCCUUAUCCCGGGAGGAUCCGAAUCGGUCAUUUAUGCAACGAUGAGCGGAACUGUUGGUGCACUGGUACCUUUCACGAGCCGGGAGGACUUUGACUUUUUCCAGCAUCUGGAAAUGCACAUGAGAAAUGAAAAUCCGCCCAUGUGUGGACGGGAUCAUUUGAGCUACAGGAGCUACUACUACCCGGUAAAGAAUGUGAUGGAUGGCGAUUUGUGCGAGCAAUUUACGUCGCUAGAUCCGGCCAAACAGAAGAGUAUUGCUUCGGACCUGGGACGGACGCCGAGUGAGGUGGCGAAGAAGCUGGAGGACAUACGGACGCGAUAUGCGUUCUAAG